AGACCUUUUGUUUUCAUUUUCAUAAUCUCAUUCGGUCACGUGACAUUGUACACAUGAUGAUAUGUGGCCAAAAUGGCGGAUAGUCAUGAAUUGUCUGUGAUCUUGAAACGAUUAACGGAUCAGAACACUCUAAAGGACGUGUGUCUUGUUCGAACCUGUGCUUAUGAGAUACUGAAUCUGGCGACAAAUGGGUGUGACGUCAGCCCUGCCCUUCCCGCCUUGGUUAAGUUGCUGGCACACUCGGACGCCUUUGUGAAGCGAGUGGCUGGAGAGAUCUUGUCCUCCCACUCCGAACAAUGCCCCGACAUGGCUCUUUUAGCCACGAACACCUUGGUUCAAGACUGCCGAGACGUCAACCCAGUGGUUCGAGGUUUGAGUCUCCGCACGCUGGGCUCGAUGCAGUCACCGUCUGUCGUGGAGCUGCUGACCUCAGCCGUGGCGAGGGGACUGGAGGACAACAGCCCGUACGUGCGGCGCUGUGCAGCCUUAGCCGCUGCUAGCUUACACAAAGUGUCCCCCAAUGCUGUCACGGACGGGGAAAUCUGGGACCUUCUCUACCGACACCUGGGCGACAGGGAUGGGCAGACGGUUGCUGCUUGCCUGUGUGCGCUAGAGGAAGUGUUCUCCCAAGAAGCCGGGGUGGUGCUCUCCAACAAACUGGGUCAGUAUCUCGUCGGGAGCUUACACUCCUUCCCAGCCGCAGUUCAGAGGGUCCUCCUCCAGUUUUUACUCAAGUACUCGCCUAAGAGCAAGACCCAAGUGUUUGACCACCUGAACCGGCUGGACGAUUCCCUCACUGGCAGUUCCUCGCUGGCGGUGACUCUCUCCUGUCUUGAAGUCUUUUGUCACCUGACUGCGGAUUUGCCCAAAGUGAAGGCAAAGGCUUACAAAGCAGCAUGGACAGCCAUCAAGAAGCACUUGCCCCGUGAAAGGAACGAAGAGAUUGUGUCGGCGUUGAUCGACUACCUGAGUCUCACAGAAUUUCCAGCUUCGGUCUGCGAACAGGACUACCGUAAACUUUUCUGCCGAGACGACGAUCCUCAAUAUUUGAUGAACAGGAAGAUUGGAUUUCUUUGUAAGCUGAUUGUUGCAGAUAAUGCAGAGGAUGUCCUGUCCGAGUUUGCUGCCUGUGUCCGGAGAGUGAGUCCAGAAUCGGUGAAAGAAAUGGUGCAGAAUCUGGCUCAGACGAUGCGAGCGAGGCCCGAGGUGGAGAAAAACUGCGCUGAAUUUUUAGUCAGACUCAUGGAGAUGGAGAAUAGCCGAGUGUUGGACUGUGUUGUACAGGCACUGCCUCUGGUCGUGUUCCAGGACGGAAGCCAUUGGGAGGCGGUGACGUCAUGUCUGACGCGUCACUUCCGGAAGCUGACGUCACCGACGGCCAGGGUGGCGUGCGUGGAGGUCAUCGGCUGGCACGGGGUCGGCCUGGAGGAGACGCCCGAGGUCCUGAGCACCAUCCUGGAAGAGUGGCUGGAGAGCCCAGAAGAAGCAGACGGUGAUGAAGGGGGUCAAGGUCAUAGCCAAGAUCUUUGGCAAGGUCAGGAGACAUUCCCGGCUUUCAGACGCCACAGCGGCUCUUUCGCUUCUGGCGGUGGAGACACUGCUGCUGGUGGUGGUGCUGUCGUCAGCAGCAGGUCCCAGCAGCAGCUGCAACAGCAGCAGCAGCAGAAGCGUCAGUUGAAGGUGGCGCUGCUGGGCGCGAUGGUGCGUGCGUGCAUGUCGCACCCGGCCCGCGUGCAGCCGGUGCUGUGCCGCGUGAUGGAGCGGUGCGCGCGCGACUCGGACAGGGCGGUACGGGAGCGGGCCUUGUUCCUGCACACACUGCUCAAGGUCACGGCCCAGAGGAAGAUGGCGGAGCACGCCGGGGAAGGCUUGGACUUGUGACUUUGAUUUGAAAAAUAAUGUAAUAAGUUUCAGGUUGCAUCCGAAUGUAGAAAACACAUUUUUCCUCAUCCCUUAAAACUUCAUCCCGAAGAUGAUGAUAUUCUCCAAAUCACCUAUUCGUAGAAAAAUGCUAUAAGACCAGUGCCGUUUUGGGAUGCGGCGUCUUCUUUUUAUCCAAAACAAUAAGAGUAAUUGAAAACCUCCAUCUUUGCUCAACACGGGUAGCAAACUCAAGACCAUGUAAGAUCUACUGUGUUAAUGACAGCACCGGAUGUUCACGAACGGAAAGCGAGCGGAGACAAAAACGGGUCACAUUCGUUUCUCUCGUAUUUUUAUGCCGAUCAGGGAAAUGGGUCAGACUGGAAACAAAAGGGAGCGGAGAAGAAAAGGAAUGCACUCAGUUCAUGCGUGAAGCCUGCUCUUAUCGAUUUUAGACCACCAAGGGAUCUUUAUCGUGUGCAACUUGCACACGGGCCCUCCGAGAUUUUUGGCCCUUGUCCGAGAAGGUUUUGUGGAGAUCUUUCCUACCAGAAGAUCAGGGGUGGGGCUGAAAGACAGCAGUAAGCUGUUUUGUUGAUCUGGUUGCGCCUGAUGCAUCUGUUGUGGACACAUCUGUAAUGACCGCGCCUUCCAGACCCAGGUCUGAAGUGU